AUGAUAGUCCCCAGCCUUCGGCACCCAGCUUCUGGAGGGUCAGGAUGGAGGAAGGCGGCUCCUACGGGGGCAGCUGACGUUCCCAAUGGCCCUUCCGGACCCCACGAGGGGCACGAACCCAGGGGGCCUCUCAGGAGGGCCGGAGCCGGACGCCAGGAGGGACCCGAGGCCAAGGCAAGGAGUGAGGCAAGUCCAGGGUUCGAGCCCUUUCUAGCACGCGGCGGCCAAGAGCCCCACACCGGGAUGGGAACCAAGUCCACUGUGGAACCAAGAGGUCCCAGGGCAAGACAAUCUGGAGAAAACGGAGACUCCAGAGAGUCGGGGACCCAGCUGGGGGGUCUGCCUCUUCCUGUAGGCAGGAGGUGUGCGAGCCGACUCCGAGCAGCCGCCGCCGUGAUAACCGUCCCGACGCAGGCCUGCUCAAUCCAGCGUCGAGGAGCGCCCGCAACCGACGCUCCUUUUCUUAGGCGACGCCGACGCCGCACCAGAACUACUGAAGCAGAGAAACGGAGACAACAUAAGGUGCACGCUUCCAGUUUCUUGCCAAAAGCCCUUUGCCAGGCUUCGACCUGCCCUCAUCCAAGAUGGCCACCCAAGAAAGGGAGGAGUACUAGGAAGAGUGACAAAUCGAUCGCCGCUCUCUUCGUUCGCGGUUGCCCAGGUGACGCGUUUACCCGGAAGGGCCGCGUGCAGGAGCCGGCUUCAGCGGCCGGAGCCAAGUGGUCUGACGGCUGUGAGUCUCAGGAGCGCAGGUCCUGUCAGCUGAGAGGCGGGCGGGCAGGCAGGCGGGUAGGGAGGCAGGUCCUGGCAGGAGAGACACGGAGGCAGACUCCAGAGAUGGAGUCGCCGGCGGCAGGGGCCGGUGCUGAAGCGGCUGGACAGCUCGUAACCGGGGAGCCGAGGCCGGCGUCUCGGGGGCACCUGGGCGCCGCCAGGUGGAAGCUACUGCGGCAGGUUCUGAAGCAGAAACAUUUGGAUGAUCACCUACGAAAAGUAUCUGUAAGAAGAUUUGAAUCCUUUAAAUUGUUUUCAAUAACAGAAAUAAAAAAGAGGGAAACGGAAGAUGAAGCUGGUGCCUGGGUUCAGUAUACAAGUGUGUUUUAUCCUGAAUACAGUAUUUCUUUAAGGAAUAACCAGGGGCCUAUAAAUGUUGAAGAUAUUUUUACCAGCUUUGACAACACAGGGAAUAUCUGUAUCUGGCCUUCUGAAGAGGUUCUGGCCUACUACUGCCUCAAGCACAAUCAGAUGUUCAGGGACCUUGCUGUGUGUGAGCUAGGGGGUGGCAUGACAUGCUUGGCUGGGCUCAUGGUUGCUAUUUCUGCAGAUGUCAAAGAAGUUCUGUUAACUGAUGGGAAUGAAAAGGCCAUCAAAAAUGUGAAUGACAUCAUCACAAGGAACCAGAAGGAAGGUGUGUUUAAGACUCAAGCAAUAUCAAGCUGCGUUUUACGAUGGGAUAAUGAGACAGAUGUCUCUCAACUGGAAGGACAUUUUGACAUUGUUAUGUGUGCUGACUGCCUGUUUCUGGACCAGUACAGAGCUAGCCUUGUUGAUGCAAUAAAGAGAUUACUCCAGCCCAGUGGGAAAGCGAUGGUAUUUGCCCCACUCCGAGGGACUACUUUAAACCAGUUUUGCAAUCUAGCUGAAAAAGCUGGUUUCUCUCUCCAAAGACAUGAAAAUUAUGAUGAACACAUUUCAAACUUCCACUGCAAGUUGAAAAAUGAAAAAUGGGAUACAUAUGAAGAAAAUCUUCAUUAUCCACUUCUACUGGUUUUAACCAAACACGGAUAAAAGACUAAACAACUCAGAGAAGGCAAACAUCAAUAUGUGUAGUCAUAUGCUUUUUAAAAAAAAAUCUGAACAUGUAAUUGAUAAGAUAAAAGUGGAGUUUUUUUGUUUGUUUG